GCAGAGGCAGCCUAUUGACGGAGACCAAGAGCAUGUGCGUUGCGUGCUCUCUCUCUCUCUCUCUCUCUCUCUCUCUCUCUCUCUCUCUCUCUCUCUCUCUCUCUCUCUCUCUAUCCCUGGUGAAUAGGCCUUUAUGUUAUAUAGCCUCUCUUUCUCUCUCUCUCUCUCCCCCCAUGCUGGAAGAUGAAGAAACUUGCAAGCGAAGCUUCUUUCUUUAUCUUCUGAUAACCAACCUGGGAUAAAGAAAACAUCUCCACAUAUGUUAUUUCUAGGCUAUAUCUCUCUCCCAGUCUCGGGUUUGGAUGCUGCAUGGAAGGCGAGCACAUGGAACAUUCUGAUGCUGAUAUCAGAGCAACUAACCGGAGUGUUUGACAGACGCAGAGGAACGAACCGGAGUGUGAGAAAGGCGCAGAGGAACGAACCGGGGUUUGAGAAAGGCGCAGAGGAACGAACCGGAGUGUUUGACAGGCGCAGAGGAACGUACCGGGGUGUGAGAAAGGCGCAGAGGAACGAACCGGAGUGUGAAAGGCGCAGAGGAACGAACCGGAGUGUCUGACAGGCGCAGAGGGACCAACCGGAGUGUGAGAAAGGCGCAGAGGAACGAACCGGAGUGUGAGAGGCGCCGAGGAACGAACCGGAGUGUUUGACAGACGCAGAGGAACGAACCGGAGUGUGAAAGGCGCAGAGGAACGAACCGGAGUGUCUGACAGGCGCAGAGGGACGAACCGGAGUGUGAGAAAGGCGCAGAGGAACGAACCGGAGUGUGUGUGAAAGACAGAACAUCUCAAUUGGUUUCCCAUUAUACCGGUCUACCCCAGGGCAGUGUAGAGAUUGUACUGCGAUUAUAUAUAUAUUUUUUAACUGUUCAUUCUGAAUUGACGGUACCGGACCGCAAGGAACUACGAAUAGAUCUAAGGAAAGGAAGGUGUGUUUUGUUUUCCCUCACUCCUUCCACAAAGUCCGGUCCCUAAUGCCUGGUCGGUGCAGUGCGCUUGGUCUUGUGUUGCUGUGCUGAAUCAACUCUCUCGGAAGAGGCGAGCCAGCCACGUUGCCGCCACACAGUGUUGUGUUAUUGUGAUAUAUGUUCACUCGCCCGGACAGGCAACAGGCUAUGAAUGGGACGUGUUAUUCUGUUGCUCGCUGCUUGUUAGUUUUGCUUCUCAUCAUGAUCAACGUGUCGGUAUGAUACAGACACCAUCACCGUAUAGGUGCAGUCCAAGAGGACUCGACCAGGACUGGACCAGUCACACUUUACUUUACAUUAUUCCAUGAAGAUAAGGGAUAGAAUUUCAGAGAUGUUUUUUGCUGCCACAUUCAGGAGUCGAUUCUUGGCAUUAAUAAAGUCCUUCUAAAUCCCCUUCAAACAGGUGAGUGAUCUGUUGGGAUGCACUGAGAGCAACGAGGUCACUUGGGAACACACCUGACAUGGAGGUCAAGGGUCAUCUCAUCUCAGUACCUGACCUGCUGGGUGGCAGUCCGGAGGCUGUUGAAAGGAUGACAGAAUUACAGGACAGAAGACGCAGUCUGGAGACUCUACUGAAUAGCAGACUGGCUGAGCUACGGAGAGUCUGUCUGCAGGAGGCGGAGUUAACAGGAGAGCUUCCUGGUGAUUUCCCCCUGGAGGCUGGUGAGAGACGCCCCAACGUACGCCGACGUGUCGGACCAAACCGCCACGGACCCAAGACUAUUAUAAAGACAGAGGAGGAGGUUUGUCGGAGGAAGCCGAAGAAGACGCUUUUCAUCGGUGCCCUGAGGCGCCGUGUGGAAUGUGAUCAGCAACCAACGCACAGCAAGAGGACUGUACACAGAGGAUGUCACACGGAUGACACUGUGAACUCCGAGAGCAGCUCCACAUCUGAUUCUACAGGGGACCAUGACAACGAUGAGUCUUCGGGUGUGGGCCCUGACUGUCUGUCCCCAUCUCGGCCCCGGCUGGCCCCUGGUAAUGGUAAUGGAAGCAGCAGUAGUCCAGACAGCAGGCUGUGUAGGAAGCUUUCUCCUGUUGAGAUCUAUUAUGCGAUGAGGACCAUCGCGCCACACAACUCACUGGUCCUCUCUGCCAGAAGCAAUAUGGAAGGGAGGAGUGUACCUACCACGCCCCUCCUCGCUCGGAACGGACCAACAGGUGUCCACAACCACAUCAGGUCAGCUAUAUCCACAGUGACUACUACUACCAAGCAAUGGUCAGACAAUCCAGAGGUGACCCAGGUGGUUCCUCAUCAGUCUCAGGUCGGCGGCCCCUCCCCUGGCCCCUCCUCUGGCCCCCCGUCGGGGUCCUAUGAGCAGGGAGGAGGAGGAGGAGGAGGAGGAGGAGGCGGAGGAGGCGGAGGUUACAGUGAUAUCCUGAUGGACUAUGUGUGGGGGAAGCAGCAGCAGCAGCAGCAGAGACAGGUCCAACAGGUCCAUGGCAAUGGAAAGUUCCCUUCCUCUGUCCCUGUACCUCCUCCUUCCCACUUCAACGGCUACCCUCACCCGCAGGGACAUCUCCCAGGGCCCCAGCACGUCUCUGGGGGCCCGCCAGCUUACUCCAGCCCCCUGAUGCUCCGGGGGAAACUUGGGGAGCCACGCCGGGUCAAAGUAACCCGUACCAAGUCCUGUGGUCCAUUCAUCCCUCUCCAGCACCACCAGCAGGAGGUGCUCCACUUCUCCUCUUACACCUCCUCCUCUUCUGACCAUCCUCUUCCUCCCACCUCUUCCUCCUCCUCCUCGACCGGGACCUCCACAGCUGCCCUGUACCCCCACCAGGGUUCUGGGGUUGAGUCCCAACAGCACCAGCAUGGGUCUGGAUCAGGACCCGGUCUCAAUCACAACCACCAGCUCAGAACACCCCAGUACUCUGACUCCGUCACCCCAGACGACCCCGUCCGCAGCCUGCACAAGGCCCUGGCUCUGGAGGGCCUGAGGGACUGGUACCUGAGGAACAGUCUGGGUGGAGUGGCAGUUGGGGGGAAGGUACAGGUGCAGGACAACAGGGGGUCCCCCAGGAGGCGUACCACGAACUCCCUGCACGGGUCACACCCUCAGCAGCUCCCACACCAGCCCCAGAUCUACCAGGGAGACCGAGACAGAGACUACCCUCCCUGCCAGCUACCACAGUCACAGACCUUCCACGGGCAUCCACUACAUGGCAGGUCUCUGUAUCAGGAGUCCUUCCCAUCCCAGAUGCAGGAGCUGACCCUGAAAGAACCCAGCACUGACAGAGGUGAUCAGCCUACCCCGGGUACACUGGUCUAACAACAAACAGAGGUGACCUGCCUUCCCAGGAUACACUGGUCUAACAACAACAGAGGUGACCUGCCUACCCAGGAUACACUGGUCUAACAACAACUGAGGUGACCUGCCUUCCCAGGAUACACUGGUCUAACAACAAACAGAGGUGACCUGCCUUCCCAGGAUACACUGGUCUAACAACAACAGAGGUGACCUGCCUUCCCAGGAUACACUGGUCUAACAACAACAGAGGUGACCUGCCUACCCAGGAUACACUGGUCUAACAACAAACAGAGGUGACCUGCCUACCCAGGAUACACUGGUCUAACAACAAACAGAGGUUACCUGCCUACCCAGGAUACACUGGUCUAACAACAAACAGAGGUUACCUGCCUACCCAGGAUACACUGGUCUAACAACAAACAGAGGUGACCUGCCUACCCAGGAUACACUGGUCUAACAACAAACAGAGGUGACCUGCCUACCCAGGAUACACUGGUCUAACAACAAACAGAGGUGACCUGCCUUCCCAGGAUACACUGGUCUAACAACAAACAGAGGUGACCUGCCUACCCAGGAUACACUGGUCUAACAACAAACAGAGGUGACCUGCCUACCCAGGAUACACUGGUCUAACAACAAACAGAGGUGACCUGCCUUCCCAGGAUACACUGGUCUAACAACAACAACAAACAGACAUGUUACUGACUGAAUGAUACACAGUCGUAUUGUAGAGAAACUUCAUGGACCUCCAUACAAAAAGGAAAAUAUGAAGAACAUUUAUUUACACAAUAUUUGUAUUUUUUUCUGCACAUUUUUGGGAGAGAAUGAUAGAAGAAUGUGACAUUCUUCUAGAACUCAAAAGAGAAGCCGUUGUUUUUAUUGGGGGGGGGGGGGGUUCGGGGGGGAUUCCCCCCCUAAGGGAGCUUUUCUUUGCAUUGCAUCAUCAAAGUCGGAUCAUGCAUUGCCUCUGAAGAUCAAUGAAAAGGUGCUUGAAAGAGUCUAGCACUUCAAUCAGUCUCUGGUAGAAAUAUAGGCCAGCUGAACAUUACUGUACAGUAGUUUAUACAACUAAUCCAGGUAAAAAAUAAGUUGAAAUGGAACACGGGUCAUGAACAGUGUUACAUGUUCCUCACCUGUUACAAAAAUACUGAAUUUCUCUAAGUGAACCAUCUUCAUCAUCAUCAUCAUCAUCAUCCCACAUACAAUUCCAGGUCUUAGUAGGGACAACAAAUAGAUAAAUACACACACAGCUAACCAAACAGAAAGCACACCCAUAUCUUGUCACACAGACCCUACAGUACUACGAAUCGGGUUGAUUUAGGAAAUGGAAAAGAGACGUCUAUGUUAACUCAAAUACACUGAUUGAUCUGCAGUCUACAGAAGGAUCUGCAGUCUAUAAUCAUAUUUCUAUGUCAGACAGACAAAAACGAAAGGGGGGGGGGGGGGGCUUUUAUGUUAGCGAUGAGGUUUAGUCAGUUGUUUUGUCCACAAUAAACAAUAAGACAAUACCAGCUCCCACUAGCACACUGCUCUCUCAAUAACACACAACAACCUGGACUCAGGGGUAGACGUAACAUAGUAAAUCGAGGACACUCCAAUUAGUAUGACAUGCUAAGUUUCGUAUGAUAUGUAUACAUUUUUGAUGUCCGUCAUCCAUUUUCGUAUGAUAUGUUACGAAUUGCAAUUCGUACAAUAUAUAUUACGAAUUUGCAAAGCGAAUUCCAAUUUGUUAUGGGAAACAUUAGCUAGGUGGCUAACGUUAGCUAGGCUAGGGGUUAGGAGUUAAGUUAAAGGGUUAAGGUUAGGUAAAGGGUUAGCUAACAUGCUAAGUAGUUGCUAAAAUGCUAAAACUUUCGUUUUGCUAGACGUUCGUGUUAUACGUCCACUCAUCCACCCCGACCAACAACCCUACAUUCGAUUUUGCCUUAAAUCCUCUACAGGAUCGUGUCCCCCUCCCGCGGGAUGGUUGAGCUAACGUAGGCUAAUGCGAUUAGCAUGAGGUUGUAAGUAACAAGAACAUUUCCCAGGACAUAGACAUAUCUGAUAUUGGCAGAAAGCUUAAAUUCUUGUUAAUCUAACUGCACUGUCCAAUUUACAGUAUCUAUUACAGUAAAAUAAUACCAUGCUAUUGUUUGAGGAGAGUUCACAAUUAUGAACUUGAAAAUGUAUUAGUAAACCAAUUAGGCACAUUUGGUCAGUCUUGAGACAACAUUUUGAACAGAAAUGCAAUGGUUCAUUGAAUCAGUCUAAAACUUUGCACAUACACUGCUGCCAUCUAGUGGUCAACAUCUAAAUUACGCCAAACCUGGAAUCUUGCGUUUCAAAGAUGAUGGAACAAAAAAACAAAAAAUUCAUGUUUUUUUUCUUUGUAUUAUCUUUGACCAGAUCUAAUGUGUUAUAUUCUCCUACAUUAAUUUCACAUGUCCACAAACUUCAAAGUGUUUCCUUUCAAAUGGUAUCAAGAAUAUGCUUAUCCUUGCUUCAGGUCCUGAGCUACAGGCAGUUAGAUUUGGGUAUGUCAUUUUAGGAGAAAAUUGGGGGAAAAAAAGGGUCCGAUCCUUUUACUUUCUAUCUUAUGUAAACCAUACCAAACAUUACAUAUCAUACUCAUUUGAGUGUCCUCAGAUUUACAUUUACUAUAUUACGUCUAGUCUAUGAGACCAGGCUGGACACAAUACCAGCUACCACAGGUCCAUUGUAGGAUGCUUCACAUAAUCAGGACAAAUAAGAGUCAUGUUAUCCCUUUGGCUCCAUGUCAAACACGAAGCGGGUGUGUGUUGUUUCAGACUGCUGCUUACACUAGUGUCCCAAUAGGUGGCACCAAAGUGUGCUUCUAUUUUCUCCACGGCCCACCGAGCCCAGCCUACAGACGAUGAGAACGUCAUAGAUCACCUGUUUCUCUUCUCAACUAAGCAGAACUUUAACCCCAACCAAAUAAGUUGUGAUCCGGAUGUUCCACUAAAUAAAACAAGCACGAUAUUCUUAUCUAUGAUGAGCAGCAGGAUAGAGACACUUGGGUAAAUGAGGAUAACCUCAUUUAAAAACGUUAGUCAUUUAGCAGACUCUCUUAUCCAGAGCAAUUUUACAGGAGCGAUUAGGUUGAAGUGCCUUGCUUAACAGGCACAUCGACAUAUUUUUCAUCUAUUUGGCUCGGAUAUUCGAAACCAGCGACCUUUCGGGUUAACUGGUCCAACGCUCCUACUUGCUAGGAUACCUGCUGCCCCGUAUAAAGCCAUGCAACCAACAGCUCAGAUUCGACUAUGCACCUUUUAAAGGCAAUGUGGUAAACAACUGCAUAUGUCUGCUCAAUCACAAAUUACUAUUAAAUGUUAAAAGAGGGUUACAAAUUAAUGUCCUGUUCUUUUGAAACUCAAUGAGUUGUUAAAACAACUGGGGGGAAAAAACUCAGAUUUAAAAAAAAAAAAAAAAAAAAAAAGAAAUGUACUUUUGAGUUACACAAUCAUUUCUUUGUCCCAUACUUCCUGCUGUUGUAGUGGAGAGGUAUGAGGGGAAUGGGAUUUGUGAUCAGAAUGAGAAAAUAUAACAACAUGGGGUCAUUACUGAAAACAUUCUAUUAUGUUUUUGUACUGCGUAGUUUUCCAUGAAUUCAGAUGCAUUCAGAUGAAUUCAGAUGAUUUGAGAUGAUUUGAGAUGAUUUGAGAUGAAUUGAACCAUGAGACCAGACAGAUUAAAUAUGAAAUCAGGUAUUGACCAUCCUCAGACCAAAACACUGGAAUGGAUAAGUAUUACUGGUAUAUCUACCUUCAUCCAUAGCAUCAAAUCUAUGAAAAGUAUUACUGGUAUAUCUACCUUCAUCCAUAGCAUCAAAUCUAUGAUAAGUAUUACUGGUAUAUAUACCUUCAUCCAUAACAUCAAAUCUAUGCUGUCUUCUUGACUUUUUCCUGUUUAAGUCCUUGUCCAUCAUACUUCUAAUGCAGUCAGGUAUAAAUCAAGUCACUGUAGCCUGGCAGCCAGUCUGUUUAGCCUGGGAGCCAGUCUGUUUAGCCUGGGAGCCAGUCUGUUUAGCCUGGGAGCCAGUCUGAUUCUGCUCUCCUGCCAACUCCUAAUGGAAUUGUCAUGCCAAACAUUUUCAUGUUCAGCCAAUGACAAGUGGGCAAAAUCAUAAACAGAUCUGGUACCAGGCUAGGCUACCCGUUCAACAUUCCCAUUACCCAUAGACAGCAAUACAUACAUUUCUGUUGAGUAUUUUCCUGAAAAUAUUCAAUAUUGCUUUCCAUGCUGUAUUCUCACCUAUGCCUAGACACUUUUCUAAAAGAGGUAUUGUGCUAUACAGUAGCUACUAAAGCAAUCAAUCUUUGUUCAAGGACUUAAGAGUGCACCCCAUUCAGGUAAAACAAAUUUAAAAUAAAUAUGGUAUUGUGACAUACACCAGUUGCAUCUAGCAUCUAAAUCCAGACUGGAUCACUUCAUGUGAAACGGAUCUGAAUUCAGUCUGGAUCACUUCAUGUGAAACGGAUCUGAAUUCAGUCUGGAUCACUUCAUGUGAAACGGAUCUGAAUUCAGUCUGGAUCACUUCAUGUGAAACGGAUCUGAAUUCAGUCUGGAUCACUUCAUGUGAAACGGAGUUGAAUUCAGUCUGGAUCUCCAGGCUAGGCUGAAUUUUAUUCUCUUUAUUCCUCUUUGCCCAAAUGCUGCCAUGCUUGUCUCCAGAAUAACUAAAAAUAGCUUUUCUGCUUCCUCCAUUUUGUAUUUACAACCAAGCUGCAUGACAACAACAAGCAAUUUAAACUAUUUAUUUUGACAAAGCAAACACCAAUAUUUCCCUCAGGUUAAAUUAUCAAUGGGAGUAGUUGUUUAAUUCUGUACAUGUCCCUACUGUAGUUGAGCACAAUUUUUUUUUUUUUUUUUCAAAUUGCACUUCUCUUGAAAAAAAUUCUAUGGAUUAUUACUGUGAAAGAUUCAGAGUUUUUUCAGUAGAACUUCUUAUGACGUGAUGCUUCCAACUUCUUGACCAAAUAGCUGUGAUAUGAGCAGCGUACAGCGUGUGGUUUGUGUUACAUGUGACACUGGCACACAACAGUUGUCUGUAUAAAUCAACAGUGAUGACGUUUAUUCUUUAUAAUGAUGAUGAUGAUGUCCAGUUGAAUUCGUCUGUGAUGUGGUCUGUGAUGUGGUCCAGCUUCUUCUCAGUGAUGGGUACUGAACAGUGAACGUCAACACAUGUGUAAUAGGGGGUUUCCAGCUGAAAGACAUGAGCAGUCGUUGACAAUGUCAAAUCUCAAAUUUGCAACAGGGAGACCACAGCGUGAUACAAUUUGCAACAGGGUGACAACAGCAUGGGAGCAUAGACCUUUUUUCUAACGGGCUUUCUCUGAAGAAGGCGCUUCUAUAUUAAUCAGACAACAAUACCAAAUGUUCUGUAAACACGAGAGGCUGGGAAGACGUCACAACGUCGCAGAGGCUACAGAAUCCCACAAUGUCACAGAUACAUUAUCAGAUAUAAGUUGAUUACAUAACAUACAGCAUUGAGUCUAGUGUCACAAAUAGAACAGAUGAGAGUCCCACAUAGAACAGAUGAGAGUCCCACAUAGAACAGAUGAGAGUCCCACAUAGAACAGAUGAGAGUCCCACAUAGAACACUGGAAAUCAUGUGUAUUACAGAAAGGGAAAAUAUACAGUGCAUUCGUAAAGUAUUCAGACCCCUUGACUUUUUCCACAUUUUGUUACAUUACAGCCUUAUUCUAAAAUGGAUUAAAUACAUUUUUUCCUCAUCAAUCUACACACAAUCCUCCAUAAUGACAAAGCAAAAACAGGUUUUUAGAAAUGUUUGCAAAUUUAUAAAAACAAAAAUACCUUAUUUACAUAAGUAUUCAGACCCUUUGCUAUGAGACUCGAAAUUGAGC